AUUAGCGGCAUGCGGAUGCGUCCAUCUUCCCGACAGUAUAUUGUGCCGUAUGGAAGCCAAGUCACAAGCCUUGCGCAACAUCAUGCCGCCGUCCACGCUCGCUCGCUCGACGCGACGCAGGACCAGAUACAAGACCAUCGCAAUCAAGUUUGGUUGCUAUGCGUCUGCCGUCAUCCGGCGUCCAUGAUGCAAGCCUUCUCUGUCUUCUCCUGUUUUUGUUGUUGUUGCCGCCGCUGUACUAUAUUUACCCCAAAGCGGCGCCCGUCUUCCAUUCCGCAAGGCCAAACAAAAAUCAAAGGAAGCUGCUGCGCUUUCCUCACGGCAGCACAUAUCCCACCUGUUUUCCCUUACUUUGUUCCCUUCGCGAUAGCCAUGGGUACCACAUCUACACCCUUAGUCCAGCGUCCAGAGGGUAAUGGCUAUGUCACACCUGCCAGCGUUGUUCUGGAAUCCGAGACAGACGCGGUGAAAGAUACAGCCAUCACCACGAUCGCGCAGCUAGUGAUGCGUCUAGACGAGCAGGACCAGGCCCUUGAGAUGGUGUCGAAGCGGCUCGACAAAGUCGAAGAGCGAGAGAAUAGCUCUAACAACAAACGGCAAAGGCCGUCACCCGAGAGCUCAUCCAAUCGAUCGAAACGUCAGGCCUUGCCCGUGGAUGGACUUGUGCCUGCGAAGAAGGGGUCACUGUAUACGCCUCCAGUUGCAAAACUGCUCUCUAUUCCGAAAGGAAAACGCAUGGAACAGCUAAAGUGGACGCCCAGUGCAUUCUCCUAUCCGGAUGCGCAUGGCUGGAUCUACUGCGCCUACCCACCCAACCUGAUCCGCGUUCAAGAUCUUGAGCGCAAGACAGUAUCCGACUACGUCAUGGCGAUGGCCAAAUACGUCGGUGAACCCCAGUCACACCGGGCUGGCGAAGUGCGUAGAGUCGACUGGCGAAUCGUUAAAGAGGAGCUGAGUUACAUGCGGCCCGAGGUCUCGAAGAGGGCUCGGCUGGUUAAGAGAGACGGAGGAGGUGGAAUGCCACCACGGACGGACAAGGAGACAAUGGUGGAGAUCAUCGAUGAUGUGAGCGAGCAGAACGUUGCGCUGGCACUUGGGAUCGACUAUUCAAAAGGAACCUAAACCGUUGGAAGAGCAAGAAGGCAUUCUACUUCUAUGACAUGAGUAUCAAGGUAGCGGAGGAGGCACUGGAGAGGAGUAGAGGGUGGUAUUGCUACGCUUUGUAAUGUAUUCUUAGUGCCAGAGUUCAGAUUCCAAUAAAUGAU